GGCUUUGCAUGAACACGUGACUUACUGCGUUUGAUUAGCAACCGUAACUAUGCCGCCAUGAUAGGGGGCAUGUAAAAAACAAACAAAAUACGUUCGAGCCAUGGGAAAGUUUUGCUGUGUUGUAGGCUGUGGAAAACGCUCUGAAAGGGACAAAAAUAUCAGAUUUUUUAAUUUACCAAAGGUUAUUACACAUCAGGGUGAAAAAACCAGACAGAUUUCUCUUCAACGGCGUGGAAAAUGGCUUUCAAACAUUCGGCGGGACGCUGUGUUUAAUGGCCAAAUAAAAAAUGUAACUGUUUGCUCGCUUCAUUUCCAUCAAGGGAAACCAGCUACAGUAUAUGAGACGACUCAUCCUGACUGGGCUCCAACAAUCGCCAUGGGUCACUUAUCUGGUUCAGUAAGUCAGCCAUCAAAAACCUCCUCGCUUACAAGGCACCAUCGAACUAGUCAAAGAGCCCUAAAAAGGCGUCUUCAAUUUGAGCUAACUGGAGAGAACAAAGAAAAGCAAGCUAUAAGCACUCAACAAGUGGAAGCAACCUCGGAAGAAAUGGUGGAUAAUGGUCCUCACUUUCGUCAUCUAACUGAUCCAAGAUAUCAUCUAGAAUGUAAUUCUGGCAUAAAUAAUGAUAUGGGGGAAGGUUUAGAAGCUGAUAACCUAGAUACAGAAUCACAAGAAACACAGACCGAGUAUAUGAGCACACGAAGUAUCGAAGUGCAAACCGAUUUGCUAUCAAUCGAUAUCGAUUUGCUUCAAGAAAAAACCACACGAAACUCUACUAAUGAUCCUUUGGCGCCCGAAAAUCUAACUGAUGAUGAAAAGCUUAGAUUCUACACUGGUCUACCAAAUAUGGCUGUAUUUAUGGGAAUUCUUGAGCUAAUAAGUCCAGGUCUUGUAAUGCGAAAUUCCUUGACAAGAUUUCAACAAAUGUUAUUGACUCUAAUGCGAUUACGGUUAAACUUACCUGUUCAAGAUCUUGGCUACAGAUUUGGCAUUCAUGCAUCCACUGUAUCAAGAGUGUUUCAAAGCUGCAUAGAUGUUAUGUUUUCAAGAAUGAAAUUUGAUUCAUUGGCCAGAUAGAGAACAAUUAAGACUGACACUUCCAAUGUGUUUUAGAGAAAGGUUUUCUUGUGCUGUCAUAAUCGAUUGCUUCGAAGUAUUUAUCGACCGCCCUUCCGAUUUUUUAGCUAGAGCCCAUACUUGGUCGUCUUAUAAACAUCAUAACACUGCAAAGUUUCUGAUAGGGAUUACACCACAAGGUACAGUAUCGUUUAUAUCAAAAGCAUGGGGUGGUAGGGCGUCAGACAAAUUUAUUACUGAACACUCAGGCAUAUUAAACAAGCUGGUUCCUGGUGACUUAGUUCUAGCAGACAGAGGAUUUAACAUUGCAGACAGUGCCGGAUUAUACUGUGCAAGUAUUAAGAUUCCAGCUUUUACUAAAGGCAAGGCUCAACUGUCACCUGUAGAGAUAGAAACAACAAGAUCCAUAGCUAAUGUUCGCAUACAUGUGGAGCGAGUUAUUGGCAGUGUUCGUCAGAAAUACACAAUUCUUGGUCAUGGAAUAGCUCCAAUCGACUAUUUGCGAGCAGAUGAUGGUGAACAUUGCUUACUUGACAAGAUAGCUACAGUAUGUUGUGCUUUAGUUAAUUGUUGUCCAUCAGUAGUUUCUUUAGAGUAGUGCGACAACAUUAAACAUGAACAAUUUAUUCUAAAAUAUGUUGAAACAGAUAAAUAAUAAAUAUUGCAAACAUCAUAACUUAGCA